AUGCUUUUGAAAUUCCUCAGUUCAACUGGAGCCUACAAUAACGACUGGGGUGCUGAGCUGGGUAUCAUUGUUUGGAGUUGGGCUCAAGAAUGCGACUUCUCCCUGACAAGAGACUUGAGUUUGGUCGGUUCUUGUGGCCUGAUGUCGGAUGACGCUUUGGUUUCCCAACUGGUCUCAGCUAUUUGCAGCGAAAACACCGAGUUGCUCAAGUACUGUUUUAAAGAUAGGCGACUGAAAAAUCAAGUCCGAUACUCGGGAUUGGUCAAUGGGCUCUUACACCUGGCAAUCAAAUACAACGCCUUUGACAACUUUAAAGCCUUGGUUACUGCAGGUUUCGAUCCCUAUACCAAGAACGAGGAAGGAAAGCUACCGAUUCAUUUGUGUGAGCCUCAUGGCAGGCUGCGCCUUUGCAAGGUCUUGAAGCAUCUGGGAAUAUGUCUUAUGAGCCAGGACAAUGAGGGCUACAACAUCUUGCAUUACUGGGCUCAGGACCGUCCCUUGGACUAUCAGUUUAUCCGUGAUAUCUUCGAGUUGGAUGCAGAAGAGGCGAUUAAGAGGCUCCAGUCGAGGUCACAUUAUGGUGAUACGCCUUUGAUUGUGAUAUUCGAAAGUGCCGGAGAGAGCCCAAGGAGCGAACACCGCGAUCUUGACUUGAAUAAGCUAUGCCUUCAAAUUCUAGGCUUUUUGCAGGGAUACCGCGGAGCAAAGGGCGUCGACACGGGCUUAGGGACUGAACAAAGCGUUUAUUCUCUGAAGGGAACCUUUACCGAGUUCGAAAGUAUGAUAGGAACUGAACCAACACCAUUACACAAACUGAGAGCUUGGGUCUCUUUUGACCAGGUGCAGUUACUGACUAAGCUUUAUCCAGAAGCUCUUACUUCAAGAGUUGAUGGUAGAUUACCGCUUGAGAGGUAUAUCACCAAUACGCUCGACGAUCGCGUGUUCCUAGACAACGAUAUCAUAGAGGCCCUCCUCCCCGACAACAUGGACGACACUGGAUCUAGGGAAACCCAAAGCUUGUGGAGCUUUAUGUGUUGCCUACCUGAAAAUGAGGGGUUUAAUAAAGAACAAUACACCAGAUCAAAAGAAUUCGGAACCAUGAUAAAAAUCGUGUUCGGAAUCGGAGCGAUGUGCAACCAUGAGAAACAGUUCAAAGAAAGUGGACUGAAGCUACUACUGUCCAAUUACCAAUUCUCGCUGAUGCCAACGAUUCGCGAUGCUAUUCUGCAAACCAAUUACUGGGAUGGCCUACAAAGCUCUGACGAAAUAUCCGUGCUGUUUCAAGAUGUGAUAAAGAAUGCCAAGCUCGAUAUGAUACGGCUACUCAAUGAAAAUGGAGCCGACCUCCAUCGCAGUGUCGAUGGAAAAACACCUUUUGGAAUUGUAUUCCAUGCUCGCGUGGCGAUUGAUCUUUGCAACACCGAAGACGGAGCUACAGCUCUCAGGAAGCUAUUGGAACGUUCCAGUGUUGAAGAGGCAAUGAAGGAACCCCUCGAAAUAGAUAGGGCGUCGCCUCUCAUACCUCAGGCAAGGCGGCGAUUUGAGAUUCGGGUAUCUCCAGAAGCCUUCAAAGAUGUAUUGAACCGCUUGUUUCCGAUGGAAUUCACUUGUGAAACUAACUGGAAGAGUUGGAAAUAUCGCGCAAAGAUGACGGCGCUACACAUCGCUGCGUGGAAUGGGAACAAGAAGGCAGUUUCACUUCCGACGCUAGAAUGGCACAGCACUUGGUCUCGCUUGGGGCAUCGAAAGCUGCAGCGUGGAGGGUCGGAUCACUCCCGUCAUUUACUGUUCAAUAAAGCGCACCCUGUCAGUUUAUCACGGUUACCAAAGGAGUUCUUCGCUGUAUCAGACCCGCCACGAGUUUCGACAAGAUGCGACACAUUACAACUUACCCCUGAAACUUUGAACAGUUUGCAUGAGCUCAACCCUGAUCUGAUGAGGGAGGAUGAGGCAGGUCGGAGUUUGAUGCAUUACGUCUUGGGCGAAGAAGAUCUAGUUGACUGGAUAUUGGAGCGUGAACGAGAUCUGGGCGGAACGACACCUUUUCGGUGGCAUCUGGAGUGGUGUGAAUUUUCUGGUCUUGCCCUUCUAACAUCCUCAUUCGAGCGACUUCGACAACGAAUGUCAGCUAAUCUAUUCUGCGAAGUCCUGAAUCUUGAACCAUCGCGCGGCUGGAGCCCUUUAUGCCAUGCGGCCGCUUUGAACCGUGUUGAUAUUGUCGCGAAUUGCCUUGAGAUGGGGGCUGAUAUCAACUUUGAAGGUUCCUGUUUUGGAUCAGCGCUUAUGAAUGCGAGUGAUGGCUUCAGAAGCUGUUUUCUAGUUGCUGGGACAGCAGCUGUCAGGGAAUGGCUUCUUUGUGGUCGGUUCAUGGAACAGAAGCGCCUUGCAGCUGAGGAUGAUGCGGACUUUGUUCAGGAAGUAGUUCCGUGGGGUGGAUAUAUAGAAGCCAAGGUGUUGCUUUACGGCAGAAGAGCCCGGUGGCGAGAAGAAUCGACUUUAGAUUAUGCGAAGAGACUGUCGAAGAUGAAGAGGAGUUGGCAAGGGAAGGUUGUGCGAGUGAAUGUCGAAGAAACGGACUCGAGCUCGGGUACAGACUCAGAUACUGGAUCAGAAGGGGAAACGAAAUCGGAUCAGAUGCAGAGUUUCAUGAGGCGGAUCGGUGUUCUGAGAGCGCAAGAUUCCUACUCAGAGUCAGAUUCCGAGUUCGACUCUUGGUCGGAUUCGUCUUCUUGA